AUGUGGGGGAAGAUUGCGAACGUCCUGUGCGGGGACCGUCAAUUAAACUUCAAUCUCUGGUGCGAAUUAUUUCUUCAACUCGUAACAUUAUUCAAUAAUUGUUUUGUCGGCAGGUUUCCGACCAUUGGCAUGGCUACACAAAAGAAAUAUAUUUGCGCCUUCUGUGCCCGGGCAUUCACUAGAUCCGAACACAAGCAACGCCAUGAAAGGUCUCAUACCAAUGAAAAACCGUUCCAUUGUCAACACUGUACUUCUGCGUUUGUACGGCGGGAUUUGCUCCAGCGCCAUUGCCGGACAGUUCACAAUGUCCAGCUUCUCAACGUACAGCCUCGAGAAUACGUAAAUUUCACCGCCGCAGCGAAGGGUCCGGCCACCGAGUCCAGCUCUGACAACGAUAAUGGUCCGCCAGCUUUGUCUCCAAGACUCAAAGCCAAGGGUAGCGAUAGCAAUCCGCCGUCACGAAGACCGUCGGUGAGCCAACAAGAGUCGGACUUUGUCCAUUUACUUUCAAUUUCGCAAAAACUCGAACUGUUUCUUGCCAAUUAUGAUGCUGGAUACCCCAAGCUGUCGGUGACCAGUGACGCCUUUUUAACCGGAUUUGCCGCUGCGUCCCAUUCGUCGUUUCCCGUGUUGGAAAUCAUUGCUCGUGACAUCUGUAGUUACCUUGGAACCAUCAACAAUAAGCCCAACAAUCUGGCUACCCUCAACAAGUAUGCGUUUUUCAAGUUGGGUACCAUAUACGGCAUCUUGGCACUUGGUGCUGCCAAUGCAAACGACUUGGCACUGGCGGUGAACUAUGCCAAUCGGUCUUGGGACCUUUUGAUCUCACGGCUAAUUCCUCAUUAUAACAACAAUAAUGGUCACAAUGGUCAUGACAAGACGGAAAUCUUAUGCAUUCUCUUCUUGUUGUCGUACGUCUAUGUCACGUUUGACUUGGACUCGGUUUACUACUCGCAGACCCUCAAUUGCAAAGUGGUGUUUAAUUACCUUAAUGACCUCAGCCACAUCAUCAUGUCGAAUAUGGACGACGAUACUUCCGAAUCAACUUGGCACUUGGAAUGGUCUAUUUACGUGCUUCUCUCUCGGUUUUUCAUCAAUUCGCCUGCUCCGCCAAAAAUUUAUGAGCUUUUCAAGGAUAAAAUGGUUACCCCAGAAACCCUGUUGGUUUCUCUUAUGGAUAACCUUUCCAAAUCCAUCGUUCCAUUGGCCACAAACUUUAUCCAAGAAGUAGCCAUUCUCACCCUUAUGAACGAAUACAAUAGCUUUACCACCAGCAACUUCUUGCUUGUGUUCAGUCUGCGCAACUGCCUUCAUAAUUGUAUCAUUCUCCUCAACAAGUCGCUAGCACUCCACCCUACGGAAAAGGCUGAAACCAGCAGCGUGUUUGAGCUCUUCAAAAAACGCACCAUAAUCAAUAGCGUGCCCAAGUUUCACGACUUACUUUCAUCAUAUAUCUUUUGUCCUACCCAACCACACCAUUGGAACCUUUUGAACGUAUCGUUAAAGGAGUAUAAUGCUCCGUUCAAUUUCGGUUUGUUCCUUGAGACAAAUAUGGAAGCUUCUCCUCAAGAUUUCUCCGUCAACUUGUCGUCGUUUUUCAGCAUCACCAACGAAAGUAAUAACAAUUUGGGAAUCGUCAGUUUUCCAUUUUUGUUCAAUGUCAAUUUCAUCAAAUUCAAAUCGUUAAAGGUGAUAGACUUGACCAACUUGAAUAGUACCGAGAUCGACCACUUAAAGUACCUUGCAAUCGAGUGGUAUGUCACCAUGGUAAAGAUGUUGAUAACUUUAUGGUGCAAUUCCAAAUUGCUUGAAAAUUUCAUAAUACAGUGCACCCUUUAUCUCAUUGACGAAGUGGCUGAUCCCAAGGACGACAGAUCGUUCUGGGCAAUCUACCGCAAGUUCACGUCAUGCUAUGAAAAAUGGCUCGCCUAUUUCGACCCAUCAAACAAGUUGGUUAAUGUGCGCAUACGCUUACGGAAGUUCCUUGGAGAAUACAUCUAUUCCCGGUUGAGUUUGGUGGAAGUUGGAGGCUACGAUGCUAAUUACGUCUUGGAACCGAGCCCCAAACAGCAUUCUGCAUCCAUGUCGUCUGGAUCCUCUCUGGUAUCCUCCACUUCGGUUUCCAAGAUGAACUACUCACAACCCAUGCCAGGUAAAAAAGACUUGCAACUGGGAGCCAGCGGGUCUGGUUCGCUUCAUCUUCCCCCAAUAAUGAAAAUGUCAAGUGUCCAAACUGCCAACCCAAUGAUGUCCCAUAUUGAACAGAGGUAG